UAACAAAAAGCGAGUGAACCGACGACAUGUGUCAUGGUGCGGCGGGCUUUAUAGAUGACGUCAGCUGACUGGUAGUAGUUGUGUUGCUGCUGUUUGUAGCCGGUGUUCAUCCGCACUGACGUAACGCUAGCAACCAUAUCAUUGUUCCGUUUUUGUCCCUAAGCUCGUUGAAGACCGACUGGCUCAGUAAUCCUCUGCUGCAGUAGAAACACAAUAUACAAGAGAGAGCCACAGCUAGCAUGAUGAUGAUGCUCCAGCAUGGCUCCACACAGCUCCUCUGCCUCACAGCCAGCAGUGGGGUUCCUCUUUUCACAAGAGGAGCCUCCAAACAGCUGCCCUUCUCUGUCAUCGGCUCCUUGAACGGUGUCCAUAUGUUUGGAGCCGGUCAGGGAGUGGUGUUGUCCUGCUGUGAGACUGAAGGUGGAGGUAAAGUGGUGUGGAGGGUCUUCCAGGACAGUGUGAUGCUCAUUGCUGUGAGUGCAGGUGGUGGACAAGGUGGUGCAGGCAGCAGCAGCAAAGAGGAGGAGGAGGUCUGUUUACAACGCCUCCUGGAGAAUGUGUGGAGCUGCAUGGUGCUGGUGUUGGGCCAGGAUGAGCUGACCAAUGUCAGGAAUGUGGAGAGGCUGAAGAGGGACUUGAGGUCCUGCUUCUGCCUCAUUGAUCAGCUUUUGGAGGAGAGGCCAGAGGGCAUCCUGGGUAACCUGACGCACUGUGCUGAUUCACUGGUGCCUCCAAACCCAGCUCUGCUUCAAGAGGCAGUGGAUGGCUUUGCUCAGGCUACAGACAGUGAAUUUGGCUGCCUCAUCGUCCAUGGUCGGGUAGCUGCGGCGACAGAGAAGUGGUGGCGCCUCGCACCGCAGGAAGUUGUGCUGCUCUCUGCUUUGAUGCGGUCCCUCUCGGCAGCCUCUGGAUCAGCCUCCUGUGAUUACCCAGUUUUCCUUCCCCAGGGCAGCCCCACCGUGGCCCACCGCCUGCUCCGCUUCCAGCUGCUCCCUGGCGCAGAUGUGUGCGUGCUGUGCGGCCCAACCCCUUCCCUGCACAAAGCCGAGAGUGGGCUGGUGGGUCGUUUCUGGACACCCAUGGUGGAGACCCUGAGAGACUGCCUGGCCGUUGGAGAGCGCUGCUUACCAGGAUCUGUAUCCCUGCGCCCUGAUGUGCUGGCACUUCUUCUCAUCAACCGCGAGACACGUCGCUCACUCUCCUGUGUUCGGACUUCCACCAAUCAUCCGCUCUGUGACCCUCCUUUACCUUCUAAGGCCCGCUGCUGGGAGCUACUGAAGCUCUUCUACGUCUUCAGCACGACGCGCUACUUCGCCCAGGAGGAGACUUUGUGUGUCUCCCCAGAGGAGAGGGCUCAGAGAGGCAACACUGAAGACUUUGUCCUUGGAUUCUCCCAUCAGCCACAACAGUGCUAUCUAGUUACAGAAGAGUGCAAAAGCUUUGGACUGCAGACACCACAGCACCAGCUCUUCCUGCUCAUCCCACUGUCAGUGCCCACCUUUGCACUGCGUACGGUGGCCACACAGACUCUCUCUGAUAUAGUUGCGGCCACUGGGUUUUAAUCUUAAUUCUCAGUAGUGCUGUCCCGAAUAACAUUUUUUGGGCUUCGAAGCUUUGGUGAGAGAUAUUCGGAAGAGCUUUAUCCAGCCUGAGUGCGACGCGGCGAGGGCUCCCCCAGGAGAAGAUGACCGAGAACGGAGUGACCUCCCGGGCCAAGGUGUUGACUCUCGACACCAUGAACCCCACGGUGAAGAAG